AUGCAAUAACAGUAAAAUUAAAGUUAGAAUGCUUCUAAAAUAUAUAAAAAAGCUAGUACUAAUAGUAACUGUCAAACAGACUAAAAGUAUUUGUCUCCUAGAACAACUGAAUCAACAAAUAGAAAAAUCAGUCACAUAUAUGAAGAGGAAUUCCGUUAGAGGGUUGAUAGCAUAUUGCAUGAAAAUCAUUAAUAAUUAAAUUUAGGGAAUUAGUUAUUAAAAUAAUUAGAAGAUAUAAAAUAAUAACAAGUUGAUAAAAAUGAAGAAAUCUUAAGAGCAAUAAAAUUUUAUAAGAAUUUUCAUACCCAUUCUCCUUAAAGACAAUCAUCUACAGAAUAGAGAAGUAUCUCUCCAAAAUCAAAAAAUCCUAAUGUUUAAUAAUUAUAAAAAGGAUUUUAGAAUCCUGAUGUAAAAGAUGUUUUUGAUAAAUUAAGUCAAUAUAAGUUUGUAGAAUUGAAUUAUUUUUUAGAAGAAUUACAAGAGUCUGAUAAAUAAACACCAUCUCUUGCUUAUAAAAAAAUACAUAAUAAAGAUUUAAAUUCUCUCCCAGAAUAAAUUAAAUAUUUCAGUCCAAGUUAUUUAAAAUCAAUUUUAGAUUAUUCUAAAUCAUAAGCAAAUUCUAUAAAAUAGCAUAUAUAAUAAGUAAUUGAAACUAAUAUGGAUAAAAUUCAUAUUAAAAAACCAUCUUUAAAAUAAUCUAGUAAAUAUGCUGAUAUAAAUUGGCAAAAAAUUGAUUAAAAUUUUAAGGAUUAAAGUACUUUGAUCAAUGAAGUAUAGCAUGAAGUAUCUCUUUUAUAAAAUUAAAUAACAAUUUUAUAAAAGGAUUUUGGAUCAAUUUAAUCAUAAUAAUAAACUAAUAUUGAAUAAACUGAUGAAAAAAUCAAUAAAAUAUCUAAUGAUAUCCUUUAAUUAUAAGAAAAUACAAAUAGCAUAACUUAUUAAUAAGAUAAUACUAAGAAAUCUUCAACAAUUUCUAGAUAAUCCAUAAGUAAUUUAUCUGAAACUUAAAUAAAAAGAACAACAAAGUAAAAGUAAACAGAUUUAGUUGAAAAACAUGCUAUGCUUAGUUAUUUUAGGGCUGAAUUUGUAACUAAUUUUGAUGAAAUUAAUCAGAAAUUUUAAUAAAUGUUGGAAGAUAACAAAAAAGUAUUUGAAGAAAGAAUUAAUCAAUUAAGUCAAGAAUUUAAAAACUUAACUGAAGCUAUUAAUUAUACAUAAAUUUUAUAAAAUAUUUCUAGUUCAGUUGAACCAAGUAAUAAUUAAGAUAUGAUUUAAAAGAGUUGUACAGAAAGAGCUUAAGAAAUUAUAGAUAAUGAAAGUCUUAAUAAUAUUAAAUCUUAACAAGAAUUAUAGAAUUUGAAUAAAGAAAAAUUAUAAGAUUAAUCAAUAACUUAAGAAAUUGAUACACUUAAGACUUAAAAUGAUGUUUUGAUUAAAUAAACUAAUUCAAUGCAUGAAGAUAUAUAAAGAUUAAAUAGAUGGAUUAAAGAAUUAUAAAAUUUUAAUUCAUUAUAUUAAACUAAAUUUGAAUAAAGACUUUCUUAAGUAUACAGCGAUCAUGAGAUUAUGUAAUAAGAAUAAGAAUAAUGUAAAAUUAUUAUGACAACUUUUAAAAAUUCUAUGAGAAUUGAUGCUAUUCAAAAUUCUGAAAAUAGUUUUAGAUCUGAUUAAGAAUAAAUAUUAUAAAAAUAAUAUUCUGAAAAAAAUAUUCAUUCAUACAUUUAAUAAUUAGAUUUGAAAGUUUAAGAAUUAACAAUUUAAGUUGAUAAAAUAGAUAAUAAACUAUAGAAAUUAAUAGAAAAUAAGACUACUAAAAAUAUUAGUAUUAAUGAUAUAUUAAUAUAUCUUCAUUAAUAAUAACAUGUAACUAAUAUCUGUAUAAUAUCAGAGAAAAAAGAUUUUAUAACUUUGGGUAUUAAUUCUAAUGAAAUUAAAAUUACUACUUAUAUCAAGGUCUAUGAUAAUUCCUUUUUUACUGCAUUUGCUUAUUAAUUCUUAAAAAAUAAAAUAAUGUAUGAAUAAGAUGACUUUUAUUCUUUUAUUGAAGAUAUUAAACAACUUAAUUUCAUUAUUUAUUGUGAUUAAUUGAAUAUUUCACAAUCUUAAUUUGGAUCUCUUAAAUAAUUACUAAUUCUUUAUUUAAUUCAAAUUUAUAAUGAAGAUCAAGAUUAAAGAAUAUAAGCAUUUAAUUAAUUAUAUAAAAAUUAGAAUAAUCUUAAUUUCCACAUUUUAGCUAAUAUUUUUAUUAGAAAUAUGUUUCAUUCAAAAGUAUAAUCAACCCUAAAAAUAUUAAAUUGGAAUACAGAAAUAGAUGAUACUUUAAAUCUUCAAUCAUUAUCACAAUAAUUAAAUAUGUAAUAAUUUUAAUAUAUAUUUUAAGAAAUCUUCAUUUUAUUCAAGUAUGUAAUACUGAAUUUAAGAAAAAUAUCUUUGAACAAGGAAAAGAUAAAAUAGGAAUUUUAGAUCAUAAUAAAUAAUAUUAUAUUAUAAAUCUAGAAUGA